GGGAAGGCGCGGUGCGGCGCACUCCGGGCGCGGGAAGAUGGCGGCGGCAGCGGCGGCGACGGCGGCUGCCGAGCAGCAAAGUUCCAAUGGGCCUGUAAAGAAAUCCAUGCGUGAGAAGGCUGUGGAGAGAAGAAACGUUAAUAAAGAGCACAAUAGUAACUUUAAAGCUGGAUAUAUUCCAAUUGAUGAAGAUCGUCUUCAUAAAACGGGAUUGAGGGGGAGAAAGGGCAGUUUAGCCAUCUGUGUGGUUAUCCUCUUGUUUAUCCUAGCUGUCAUCAAUUUAAUUAUAACACUUGUUAUAUGGGCUGUGAUUCGCAUUGGACCAAAUGGCUGUGACAGCAUGGAGUUUCAUGAAAGUGGUCUACUUCGAUUUAAGCAAGUAUCUGACAUGGGAGUUAUUCAUCCUCUUUAUAAGAGUACAGUAGGAGGAAGGCGAAAUGAAAAUUUGGUCAUCACUGGCAACAAUCAGCCUAUUGUUUUUCAGCAAGGGACAACAAAGCUCAGUGUAGAAAAGAACAAAACUUCUAUUACAAGUGACAUUGGCAUGCAGUUUUUUGACCCAAGGACUCAAAAUAUCUUAUUCAGCACUGAUUAUGAAACUCAUGAGUUUCAUUUGCCAAGUGGAGUGAAAAGUUUGAACGUGCAGAAAGCAUCUACUGAAAGGAUUACCAGCAAUGCUACCAGUGAUUUAAAUAUAAAAGUUGAUGGGCGUGCUAUUGUGCGUGGAAAUGAAGGAGUGUUCAUUAUGGGAAAAACCAUUGAAUUUCACAUGGGUGGAAAUAUGGAGUUAAAGGCUGAAAACAGCAUCAUCCUAAAUGGAACUGUGAUGGUCAGCACAACCCGUCUACCCAGUUCCUCCAGUGGAGACCAGUUGGGUAGUGGUGACUGGCUGCGCUACAAGCUCUGCAUGUGUGCUGAUGGGACUCUCUUCAAAGUGCAAGUAACCAGCCACAACAUGGGCUGCCAGAUCUCAGACAAUCCUUGUGGAAGCACACAUUAGAAGAACUCCAGAGGUCAUCAGUGUGUUCUUAUCUUGACUUGACUUUUUUUUAAGUAUGCAUGCAAAUCAUGUUUUUACAGAGUUUGUGAUAACUCAACAAUCAUUUUAAUGGAAGGGCACUACUGUAUUAUGUAGUCUCGAUGUUUAAAAUAUUUUGGCAUCUGAAUUGUAGUACAUUUUAUUAAGUUGCACUGAUCUUCAAAUGAUAGCUCCCUAAAAUAAUUACGAGACGUUAAUAAAAUCAAAAUUAAUCUUCAAAGAAGUAUUUUUAAAGUUUCCUAUCCCUUGUCUAAAGGGUAAAUGGCUGAAGCAGUUCUUCAGACUCAUUACAAGGGAGCUUUUGGCAAUUUAAUGGGGAUAGAUGCAGUAGAGAUGUUUAAAAGAUGUACCAUCCAUGUUUCAUGUUGUUUUAUGGCCUCUAAAAGGAAAGACAGGUUUUUAGUGCAUUAAUCUUGAGCCAUAUUCUCCCAUGCAAGUGAAGUCACUGAGGAACUUUACAUGUGUAAGAUAGUAAGAAAGUAUGGUUGCUUAGUUUUACACUAAGAAGAAAAUACUGUGUUACAGAAUGUUUAUUUGAAAAUGGUAAAUACUGAGUUUACAGUGAGGUAGAAAUUAAAACACAAUCUCGGCUUUAACUUUUAAAUAAUAAUGAUAGCUGUCAUUUAUUGAGCCUCUUCUAAUUCCUAGGCAUUGUCCUAGACAUUGCAUGUUUAAUAUCUAAUUCUCAUUGCAACUCUGUAAUGGUGUUAUUGUCCCAUUUCUACCCAUUAGGAAACUGAUGAACAGAGAAGUUAAGCUUGCUUAAAAUCACAUAGUAAAAAGCCGAAUCAGGAUUGGGAUUCAAAUUUUGAUGUAUGUGAUUCCAGAUACCGUGUUCUUUUUACUAUCUGCACUGAAUUCUCAAAUUAUUUAAAACUCUGGAAAGAUUUUUUAAAAAGAGUAAUGCAAACUUACCUAAGCAGGUAAUAAUCAAACAAAAUUGGUAUGCUACUCUAGUUAGAAGAUAAAUCUUAUGUCAGACAAAAAAAAAAAAAAAA